AUGAAGCAAUUUGGUUGGUGGUCGAAAUAUAUGCACUUGUUGGACAAUGUUGAGAAGCCGGAAGGAACCAAAGACGGCUGGCUCCUAGCUUCCAGCUCACACUGCCACAAAACCCUCAUCCUUUCUUUCUACCGUGGCCAGAUUCGACUCCUUCCAUCGCCCCAUAAGAUGAAUAGUGGGCAGAAAACGGGACAGGAAAACCAUCUAGCUCCCAAUCAUGUUUCCGCUGGCCUGCCAAGGAGUGACGACGACGACGCUGCUACGUCUCGUAUGCUCUCUGAAUCGUCUCCGCUUUUAAUCAAGGUUGAUAGUAUUGGUCAUUACCAAGCAGUGGUCUGGGAGUCUACCGAUGAGGUUCAAGCGGAAACAGUCGUGGAGGCCACGCCACCUGGGGACGUGUGCGUUACUUGGCAGACUGAGGCAAAGUACAUUGCAUCGUCGUCUGCGUCUCUUCUUGUCACACUCGUUCUGCAAUACUCAAUAAAUGUUGCCAGUGUAUUUUCUGCGGGCAGAAUCGGCAAGGUGGAGUUGGGGGCUGUCGCUUGCGUGACCUGCUUGGCUCCAUUCAUGGGGUUGGCGACGAGUUUGGAUACCCUGUGCGCUCAAGCCUAUGGAGAUGGACGCAAUCAUCUUGUUGGCAUCCAAUGUCAGCGUAUGGUCGUGUUUCUUUCGCUCCUCUCGCUGCCAGUGGCAGCGUUGUGGGCUUUUUCUGAAGGAAUACUCUUACGAAUUAUUGACGAUGGCGAGUCGGCUCGCCUAGCUAGCUUAUAUCUAAGGGUAAUGAUAUCUGCCUUGCCGGGUAUUAUUCUUUUUGAAGCUGGCAAGAGACUUCUUCAAGCACAGGGCCUCUUUAAGCAAACCACCUAUGUUCUCCUUUUAUCAGCUCCUGUUAAUAUCUUUUUGAACUGGCUUCUUGUUUGGAAGCUUGAUUUGGGCUUCGUGGGUGCGCCAAUAGCUGUGGCGCUCUCCAGGAAUCUGUUGGCUAUUCUCCUCAUCCUUUAUAUUAAACUGGUGAACGGGUAUCAAUGUUGGGGAGGGCUGAGUCUGAAAGCCUUCUCGAAUUGGCGGCCUAUGGUCGACCUGGCGUUGCCUGGCAUGGUCAUGGUAGCGGCAGAAUGGCUCAUCUUCGACAUAAUAACCUUCCUCUCUAGUCGAUUCGGAACAGACUAUCUAGCGGCACAGAGUAUUCUAGUUUCUGUCACGACGCUUAUCUUCCAUUUGCCCUUCGCAGUCUCGGUCGCGGCCUCUACCAGAGUCGCCAACUUAAUAGGAGCCGGCCUUGUUGAUACUGCAAAGGCUGCGGCCAAGGUGAUUCCGCUCUUGUUGACCCGGGACGCAAGCGUCAUUAUGCUCACUGCCCAAGCCAUGCCUCUUGUGGCUCUUGAACAAUUCUUUGACAGCCUCUGUACCGGUGCUCAUGGGUUGCUACGCGGCAUAGGCAAGCAAUCGAUUGGCGGGCCUGUCAACCUAAUUGGACAUUACCUAGUCUCGCUUCCGUUGUGCCUGAUUUUGGGAUUUCAUUAUUCCUGGAAGUUGGCCGGACUUUGGGGCGGCAUAGCAGCUGGGCUCAUGGUGGUAUCUUUAAUUGAGUACGGUUACUUGCUGACGAUUGACUGGCAUGUGGCGUGUGAGGAAGCAGAGGCAAGAAAUACAGCUGGUUAG